CUCCGUUGCUAGGUAAUUCUCCCGGAAGGACCAAGCCCAGAACGACGUUGUUUAAUGUUUCAGACAUUUCUCCUUAAUAAUCUGCGUUUAUGCUAAUUAAGUCUCAUCACAACGUUGUAUUUAUGUUUGUAGGUUUUACUUCCUCAGACUUUUAUUGUGAAGAGAUGUUAACCGUUGUGGGCGUUGUCGGUUGAGUGCAGCUUCACGACGCCGGGAUCAAUAAAUAUAGCUGUGAGCUAUAAAACUGCUAACAUGAGAGGAGUUCGUUAUUGUUAGCUGGAGCUGUUGUGACUGCUGACGGGCUGUCCUGCUGUGUUCCGCCAUGAAUUUAGCUAAAAGACACUUUGGCGACAUUGCAUCAGUGUCAGGAUGAUGUCCGCCCAGCCUCUGCAGCAGUACAGGGAGGAUUCGGCAGCCUGCUAAACUGAGCCAGCCCGGCUAGCUGAUGCUGAUGACUGGCUGUUUCCUGACAUUGAUUUGCAGUGGGAGGCACCAUGGCCGGUAAGGUGAAGUGGGUGACAGAUAUUGAGAAAUCUGUGCUCAUCAACAACUUUGAGAAGAGGGAAUGGACUCAGGUCACAGAAAACGACGACUGGAAUUUCUACUGGAUGAGCAUCCAGACCAUCAGAAACGUGUUCAGCGUGGACACCGGCUACCGCCUGUCAGAUGACCAGAUGGUGAACCACUUCCCCAACCACUAUGAGCUGACCAGGAAGGACCUGAUGAUCAAGAACAUCAAACGCUACCGCAAGGAGCUGGAAAAAGAAAGCAGUCCGCUGGCAGAGAAGGACGAGAACGGGAAAUACAUUUAUUUAGAUUUUGUCCCUGUGACGUUCAUGCUCCCGGCAGAUUACAAUCUCUUUGUGGAGGAGUUUCGUAAAAACCCGUCCAGCACUUGGAUCAUGAAGCCCUGUGGGAAGGCGCAGGGCAAAGGCAUCUUCCUCAUCAACAAACUGUCCCAAAUCAAAAAGUGGUCCAGGGACAGCCGCACCUCCACCUUUGUGGCAGCAGCCAGUGGCAAGGAGGCCUAUGUGAUCUCGCUGUACAUCGACAACCCUCUGCUGAUAGGAGGGAAGAAGUUUGACCUGCGUCUGUACGUUCUGGUGACCACAUACCGGCCUCUGAAAUGCUACAUGUACAAGCUCGGCUUCUGUAGGUUCUGCACAGUGAAGUACACACCCAGCACCAGUGAACUGGACAACAUGUUUGUUCACCUCACCAAUGUGGCCAUCCAAAAACACGGGGAUGACUACAACCAUGUCCAUGGGGGCAAGUGGACGGUCAGUAACCUCCGUUUGUACCUGGAGAGCACCAGAGGGAAGGAGGUGACCAGUCGACUUUUUGACCAGAUCCACUGGAUCGUAGUGCAGUCGCUCAAGGCCGUGGCUCCUGUCAUGAACAACGACAAGCACUGUUUCGAGUGUUACGGGUAUGACAUCAUUAUUGAUGACAAGCUGAAGCCAUGGCUUAUAGAGGUCAAUGCCUCUCCCUCGCUGACCUCCAGCACAGCCAACGACCGCAUCCUGAAGUACAACCUCAUCAACGACACUCUCAAUAUCGUCAUGCCCAACGGGGAAAUCCCAGACUGCCGCUGGAAUCGCAGCCCACCCAGAGAGGCCUUGGGCAACUAUCAAGUCCUGUAUGACGAGGAGCAGUCGCAGAGCGAGAAUGCCGAGCGUGAACUGCGGAGCCGCUCGGGUCAAUCCCUGGGGUCAAAAGGCGGCAAGGGGAGUGCAGGCGUUCGUCCUGCUGCUGCAACCUGGAAGUGAACGGAUACCGCUGAGUCUUAAAGACUUCCUGUACAUUUUUACAGGGUCCAACCGUUGGGCACAGUGGUUAAAAAAAGAACCACAUGGACUCUUUUUUUAGCUAAGACUAUUUAGAGGACUGGACCUUGUCUCUUCUUUUCACUGACUUCGGCUAUGUGGGGGGAAAACUCUACACAGGACAGGAGGAAAAUCAACAGUGUGGUUGUAUUUGUUGAGUUUAAAGGCCUGUGUUGGGUGAAUGAGUAACUCAAAGUGUUAUGAUAUAACAGCAACAGCGCUUCCCAUUCCCAAAAAACUUGUUGUUUAAAAAGGGGGGCUGAAACUUGGGAGUCAAUACUGAAAAGAAGAUCCCUCACCGGAAGCUUCAGGUGGGAAAACUGCAACUACACAAAUCAAAAGAAAGUUGUGAAUUCCCAUCGGAACAAGGGGGAUUCCAAGAACUUGAACUAUGCAUGAUUUCUGAGUCCUGACACUUUACCUUGACCCACCACACAGGUGCUAGAAAGAAGGCAAUCUGAUAUAAAAUGGUACUGAAGAACUAGAAACAAGAGAUCCACCCCUAUACAAAGGGUGUAAAGAUAUAGUUUACUGAUAGAGGGUAUUUGAAGUACUAAAUGUAUUUAGAGUUUAAUUAUGUUUUUUAUAAGUGCAUUAUUUGGAUGUAUAAGCAGGGGGGUUUUAUUGACAUGAUUGUAUCGGGUGCUGAUUGCACUUUAUAUAUCUUUAUUUUGGCUUUAAACUCAAUAGAUAUCACAUAUUUGAGUUGGACCAUAUCUACUGCACAUUAAAAGCUUAAAUAAUAUGUGUUGAGGAUGAAUACA